GUACUCUAAGGAAACUCAGGACAAUCAGUACAACUUUCCCAGUACACUCGAAAAUCGUGGGAUAUUUUGUUUUUUGGUAAAUAUUAUAUAUAUAUGUAUAUAUAUAUUUUGUUCCAUAUUAUGACUGAGUCGGCCUUUCGAGAUGAGUGUAAAUCGUUAUAACUUCUCGCUGACCACAUUCAAUCCGGCUGGCGAGCUGAAGCAGGUGGAGUAUGCCAAUAAUUGUGGAUCGAAGGGUGCGCCAACUGUGGGGAUCAUAACGAAGAACGGACUCGUUUUGGCCACAGAGAAGAGGAUCGACUCGAAACUUACGAUCGGACGCACCGUCAAGAAGCUGGAGAAGAUUGGCUCACAUAUGGCGAUGGCCUAUUCCGGCAUGGCUCCAGAUUUUCGCAUCCUGUCAAAGAUGGCGCAAAAGACGUGCGCCGCAUACAGCCUGGUCCACUCGGGCAUUGUGCCCGUCGACGGCAUGGCGAUGGCCGUCUCCAACACCAUGCAGGAAUUCACCCAAUCCUGUGGGGUCCGUCCAUUCGGGCUAUCGGUCCUGCUUGGCGGUUGGGAGAGGGGGCAUGCACGUCUCUAUCGCUUGGAUGCCGCCGGUUCGCUUCUGCCCUUUAGAGCCUGUGCCGUCGGCAAAGAUGCAGAGCAACGCAUGGAAAUUCUGGAACGCCACUAUAAUCCGAAACUAACUAUGGAAUUCGCCAUAUAUCUGGCCAUUCAGACGAUCAGAAUGGGCGACGAGCAGUCGAUGCCGGCCCAGCACUUCGAAAUUGGCAUAAUCGAUAAGACUGGCUUCAGGCGCCUGGACAUCGCGACAAUCGAGGCCUAUUUAACGAAAAUGAACUAAAUUGCAGCAACACGACUGAAAUCGAACGCAGCUCUUUUGGUGUGCAAGUUUAUAAUGUGAUACGCUGGAAUGAAACACAUUUUCUUUUAUCCCGUUUUCGGUUCUUACAAAACCUUUUCAAUUCA